AUGACAGAAUCAUCAAUCGAACAAACGAAAACAUUCGAUGAUACAAAAAAAUCAUUAUUAAUUCAAUUCAAUGAACAGGAAAAUAAAGAAGAUGAAAAUUUACUAUUAGAAGGAUCUUAUGAUUCGUGUAUAUGUUGGAUAUUUCAUAAAUUAAUACGAUUAAUUUGUAUGGCUUUAUUUACGUGUCUUAUUGGUAUGUUUAUCUUUACUUUAAUUUUCUAUGCUUUUGAUAUUUAUUGGCUUGAACAACCGAUUAUUAAUAAUUCAUCAUGGUGGUGGUGGUUCAAUGAUAAUAAUAAUAGUAAUACUAAUUUUACUAGAUUUGAUUCUGAUAUGAUUAGUAUAACACAAACAAUUAAUUAUGAUGAUGAUUACUGA